AUGGAUAUCAUCGAAAUUUCAAGAGCAACUCAUGUCACCAAAACAGUGCACAGCGAGCCAUAUGAUGCUAUCUCCACUGACAACCCCAAGCUCAGCCAGGCUGGCAAGACCAUCUUGAUCACCGGGGGCGGGACGACAAUCGGCAAUGAAAUUGGGCGCUCUUUCGUACAUGCCGCUGCUGAUACAGUCAUUAUCCUGGGGCGGCGUCUCGAGGUCCUCCAAGAGGGCGCUAGUCGCCUUGAGCAAGAGGCAAAAGCCGCUGGAACGCACACAAAGAUCAUCCACCGCCAGCUUGACAUCACCGACUUCUCCGCCGUCGAUGCAUUCUGGGAGCAGCUAACCUCCGAAGGGACUUCCGUUGAUGUGUUCGUGUCAAAUGCCGCCGCUUUUCCCCAGCUGAAGCCUUUAUUAGAGUCAGGUGCAAAGAAUAUGUGGUCGCAUCUUAAUGCCAACAUGGUUGCUAAGGAUACACUCGUUGAGGAGAUGCAGAUCACUCCAAUGCACCCUGGCCUUAUCUGGUCGCUGGAGUGGGUGAAGCUGGUCUUCAAAGAUGAUGUUGGAUUUGAUGACAGUCAGUAUGCUCAAGGCCGGUUUGCUUGGGCAUCUUGGGAUGUUAAUGAGCAGUCUGAGGGACCAAUUCGCAACAGCAUUAAGGGAGGCCCUUACUAUCUCAAGAUGACCAUACGUGGUGCCAACCCAUGA